AUGCGAUCGCCCGAGGAGGGAGCCCUUACUGGAGCUGGUCCUGGAACAGGGGACAGAGCGAGCGGCCAGCGGCUGGAGGAGAACGAGGUGCAAGAGCGGCUCUCCAGUCAACGGGCACAGCCCGUCAACUACACGCAAAACAGUCAAAGCAGCAACAGACACCACCAAGGCACUGCUGCACCUGCUGAUGAUGCUGCGACCGACCGUCGUCAGUCGCUCGCGUUGGCAGGCCGCCAACGGCAACGGAUCAUGUGGACUAGGGAGAUGAACAUGUAUGUGAUUCGUUGCUACCACGUUUGCACGAAGUUGGAGACGGAUAUGUCUGGCAGGCCAAGAAUGCUAGACAUGUUCAUUGAGCAGUACCCUCGGUUUGCCAACCAGCUUGACCGGAACAAGUUGUACAGCCGACAGCGAGCAAUACUAUCCAACAAUAUGCUCACUGUGACGGAGCUGGACACCAUCAGGCUGGAAGUGCAGAGGGAGUUAAGGGAAGGGAAUGGAUCGAGCGAUACGUCGAGCAGGAGUUCUGCAGGGCAUGAUGCAUCGGUUGCGAGUGAGGAGCCGGAACAAAAUGCAUCGAUAAACGCGGCAGUGGAGGAGCUACGCGCUUCGGAACAAAUAAUGGACCAACAACGACAACAACUACGAGACGAACUAGCUUUCCAGAUGGACACAGCGGUUACACAGUUUCGGGGAACAGACCCCACUUCCCGACACAGAAUACCAAAACUACAGUAUUCCUACCGGCUGACGAAUGCAGUAAGAACCUUCAAUGAGGAUAUUUUGCCACAGUAUUCGGAACCCGCUGAGAACCUUGAGGAGCUGCAGUUUAUAGUGUAUUGCGCAGCUGUAGCCGCCGUGAGAACCCUGGGACUACGGACCUAUCCCCAAGGUAACGGUGAAGGUCGUCCCUGUCCCAGCGCACAGAAGCCCGCAUGGAUGCGACGACUGGAAUUUAGGAUUGCAACUUUGCGGGUAAAAAUCGGUCGGUUGACACAGUACACGAGGGGAAACCGAUCAAGGAGGCUGGUUCGUCAAAUAGCGGAAAUCGUAAAGCCCGCAGAGCUCCGAGAUCUCAGUGAACUCAAAAUCACGGAGAUUCUCGACACCCAUGUACAACGGUUGAGUGCUCUUGCAAAACGGAUGCGGCGUUAUGGUGAAUGUUCGAGACGGAAGAAAGAAAAUCGGAUGUUCAGCACGAACGAGAGAGAGUUUUAUAACCACAUCAGGAACGACAAACCCGAUUACAGCGAGGGGCUUCCGGAGAUUGGCGAAGUUACACAGUUCUGGGCCAAUUUAUGGGAGAACCCCGCUCAACACAAUGACAGCGGGAUGUGGUUGGUAGGAGAGGAAGAACAUUGUGAUGGAAUUGAACGCAUGGCUGCUGCAGUAGUAACCACCCAGGAUAUCCGGGAGGCUACGCGGUAUACCAGGAAUUGGGCCGCACCCGGACCAGAUUUUGUGCACAACUUCUGGUAUAAAAAACUGUCAGCAGCCCACGGACGACUAGCGGAAUGCUUCAACAUGGUGCUAAGAGACCCCCAGGAGUUACCAGAAUUCAUCACGAAGGGGUAA